AUGGAUAACAUAUCUUUCACCAUGGUGUUCACCCUUACUGGUUUUAAGGAGACAAAGGCAAACAAAUAUACAUACUUUGUUUUGACUUCAUUUGUUUAUUUGUUAAUUAAUUUAUUUAAUCUGACUUUGAUUGUGACAAUUAUUCUAGAGAGAGCACUCCAUGAGCCCAUGUACAUCUUCCUGUCUAACCUGUGUUUUAAUGGAGUGUGUGGAACAGCUGGUUUCUACCCUAAAUUCCUGUCUGAUUUACUGUAUGACACUCAUCUGAUCUCAUACAAUGGUUGUAUACUACAAGCAUUUGUAAUCUACAGUUAUAUUCUGUGUGAGUAUGCAACAUUAUUUAUCAUGUCUUAUGACAGGUUUGUUGCAAUAUGCAAACCAUUGGACUAUCACAUGAUAAUGACAUCUCAAACUAUCGGCAAAUUAAUUUUCUAUUCGUGGUCCUUUCCAUUUAUUGGUGUGUUCAUUGGACUUAUGCUAACAAGCAGGUUGCAAUUAUGUGGAUCCCACAUUGAUAAAUCCUACUGUGACAACUGGUCAGUUGUGAAACUGUCUUGUGUAUCAACUACAAUUAAUAAUGUUUAUGGGUAUUGUUUAAUCUUUUCAGUCAUAGCACAUGUCACUUUUAUUGUGUUGUCUUACAUAAAAUUGAUCAAUGCAUGCAUAAAAUCAAAGGAGAGCAAGAAGAUAUUUAUGAAGACCUGUUUACCACAUUUACUUUCAUUAAUAAAUUUUACAAUAGCUAUUCUUUUUGACAUAUUAUUCAGUCGAUAUGGAUCAAGGGAUUUCCCUCCAAGUUUACGUAACUUCCUACAACUGGAAUUUUUAAUAAUCCCCCCUCUUUUAAAUCCCAUUAUAUAUGGGCUGAAACUCACUGAGAUACGGAACAGAAUUUUCAGAAAAUGCUGGGAUCCUAAAAUUAAAGAUUCUCAGCAUACAAGAAAGAGGUAA